GACUGUAAGUCAUUUGACCAAUUGAACGUGAUCAAUGCAGUAUAGUUAGAUAGAGAGCAAGAAGGGGAUGUUGAGGUGGUCCGAUUUGAUGCAUCAAAGCAGCAGCAAGUCUGAGAAGCCGUAUGGCUUUCAAUACAAUGUACCCUCUGUAGCUCGAGCAUGAGGAUGCUGACGUCAGAUAGACAUGGAAAAGUAUGAAAAGGUGAAGAAGAUUGGGGAGGGGUCCUUUGGAAAGGCCAUCCUUGUCCAAUCCAAGGAAAAUGGACAACAGUUUGUCAUCAAGGAGAUUAACAUCUCUCGGAUGUCCAAUAAGGAAAGACAGGAAUCGCGGAAAGAGGUGGAGGUCCUUGCUAACAUGAGCCACCCCAACAUCGUCCAGUACAAAGAGUCAUUCGAAGAGGGCGGAUGUCUGUAUAUUGUGAUGGAUUACUGUGAGGGUGGGGACCUGUUCAAGAAGAUCAACUCCCAGAAAGGAUCGUUGUUCUCGGAGGAGCAGAUUCUUGAUUGGUUCGUUCAGAUCUGUCUGGCUCUGAAGCACGUUCACAACCGCAAGAUCCUCCACAGAGACAUCAAAUCACAGAAUAUAUUUCUGACCAAAGAUGGAACAGUCCAGUUGGGAGACUUUGGGAUUGCCCGGGUGCUCAAUAGCACUGCGGAGCUAGCCAGGACAUGCAUUGGGACGCCCUACUACCUUUCACCUGAGAUCUGUGAAAAUAAGCCCUACAAUAAUAAGAGUGAUAUUUGGGCCCUGGGGUGUGUCCUGUAUGAAAUGUGCACCCUUAAGCAUGCAUUCGAGGCCGGCAACAUGAAGAACCUGGUCCUGAAGAUCAUCCGUGGCUCUUACCCCCCAGUGUCGACCCACUACUCCCAGGACCUGCGCUCCCUCCUGGGCCUGCUGUUCAGACGCAAUCCCCGGGAGCGGCCUUCAGUCAGCAGCGUGUUGGACAAGCCCUUCCUCAUUCACCGGAUACCCCGGUUCCUCACCCCGCAGGUUCUUGCUCAGGAAUUCAGCCAUGCCUUCCGAAUCAAGCAGCCAGGAGUAUGUGCUGCACAGGUGGCACCAGCAAAACGGUCCGCCCCUGCCGCCACGCCCCUAGCCCCGGCCCAGAAGAUCACCAAACCAGCCGCCAAAUACGGAGUGCCUUUGACCGUCAGGAAAACCUCAGAACCAGCCAAGAAACCUGCCGACAGGAAGCCAGCGGCGAAACACAAACCGGCCCCUCCCCCAGCAGUCAACCAGAGAAGAGUGAGUCGAGUGGAGGAAGAGAGGAGAAAAUAUGAGGAAGGCGCGAGGAAGAAGAGGAUGGAGCUAAUAGAGAGGGAGAGGAAGCACAGGGAGCAGAUGUUCCUGUUGAGAGCAGGACAGAUGAAGAGGCUGGAGAGGGAGAAGGUGAACAGGAUCAACCGGGCGAGAGAGCAGGGCUGGAGGCACGUCCUCACCUCCAGUGGGGGCAGCAGUCCCGAGAGGAAGCAGAGUUUUGGAGGUGGUGGGGUGGGCGGGGGUCCAGACCUGGCCCCUGGUCCUUCUCCCAGCCCAGCCCCAGGCCCUGGCAGAGGCCUAUAUGAGCAGUACCACUCUGCCCUGGACCUUCUAUGCAAACCCCAGCCCAGAGAGGGCGCCAGAGAGCCAGGGCCUGCCAUGGGGGACCAUAUUCCCAUCAGGGGUGUGCCCAGCGGUGUUGCCCGUGCGCCGGACCGCGUGGCGGUGAGGAGAGAGCUGAGGAGGCUGGAGCACGUGACCAAACACGCCCACAUCAGCAGGCAGCGCGGCCAGGUGGCGGCGGGGAGGGCGUGUCAGGUGGAGGAGUUCCUGCAGAGGAAGAGGGAGGCCAUGCUGAACAAGGUCCGCGCGGAGGGACAGCUGGGAUCUCGGCAAAACCUGGCAGCCGUCUACGGAGGCCGGGGCAGCUCUGCCCCCUGCAGGAGGCCCAAGGAGGAGGAGGAGUAUCUGGCUAGGCUGAGGCAGAUCCGGCUGCAGAACUUCAACGAGCGUCAGCAGCUGAAGGCCCGUCUCAGAGGACAGAAGUACGACAGUGAUGGUUCUGACAGCCAGGAGUCCAGUGAGGAGGUGGAACUGAGGAGGAAGAAGAUUGAGGCUCUGAAGGCCCAGGCCAAUGCCCGGGCGAGCAUUCUGAAGGAACAACUUGAGAAGAAGAGGAGAGAAGCUUAUGAGAGAGAGAAGAGGGCUUGGGAGGACCAUCUUGCAGCUCGAGGCUUCAAGGUCGCCAUGGUAGCGAAUGGUGCGGUAGCUGCUGUAGCCCCUCCCCCUCCUCAACCAGGCCCCGCCCCUCCUCCGGAAGCUGUAGCUAAAGCCCCACCCGCAUCCAAACCCUCUGCUCCAGUCAUCUCCAUGACGGCCGCGCUGAAGGACGUCGGUGCAAUUUCUCCCCUGAAGGAGGAGUCUAGUGGGGCAGAGGGUGCUGCAGUUAUACUGGUGAGUGAUAAGGAGAUUCUUCGCAGACUGAACCACAACCUGAAGAUCCAAAGCCCAGAAGAGAACCCUGACCUAAAGAGCCAGGCUCCAGAACAAAACCAGAACCAGGACACCCACAGCUCAGCACAGAACCAGGACCAGAGAACCUCGACCCUAGAGGAGAACCAGGAGAAGAAGAAUAAAGAAGAGGAGCAACGUGGCUCGGCUCCACCCUCUGAUGGAAAACGCCCCUCCCCCCUGCAGAAUCGACCAAUUGGCGAGGGGCAUCCGUCAUCCGCUGGAGACAGGAAGAGGUGGGAGGCUGGAGGUUCUCCGGUUCUCUCUGUGGCCCAACAGACCCUGGAAGAGACGGGCACUAGGACAGCAGGCCCCCAGACUCUGUCCCCAGAAGAGAGGCCGUGUUCUGGGGGAGAUCGGAAGAGGUGGGAGGCUGGAGGUCCUCCGGUCUUCUCUGUGGCCCAGCAGACUCUGGAGGAGACCUGCUUCAGGACGGCUGAGCACACUACUGGUGAGGUGAUCUGCAUGGAGGCUCUGCAGGAAGAGGAAGCCCCCAGGAAGGCGUGGGGGCGGAGCCCCGAUUCUCGGGUGCUGAAGGUUCUACAGGAGGCGGAGCUUCAGCCACUCACUCAGCUGCUGGAGAAUGUCAGCGUCUGCAGGGAUCCACUUCCUGUCUGCAGGGAUGCACUUGCUGUCUGCAAAGAUCCACUUCCUGUCUGCAAAGAUCCACUUCCUGUCUGCAGGGAUGCACUUGCUGUCUGCAAAGAUCCAGUUCCUGCCUGCAGGGAUCCACUUCCUGUCUGCAAGGAUGCACUUGAUGUCCGCAGGGAUCCACUUCCUGUCUGCAAAGAUGCACUUGUUGUCGGCAAAGAUCCACUUCCUGUCUGCAGGGAUCCACUUCCUGACGGCCAAAAGCAGAGGGUGGAGAUGGAGGUUGUGGGAGGAGCCACAGCGGCGACACCAACAGAGCUGACCCCUGCUGUUGCGGGUCAGAGGGCAGGGGUCAAGGGUCAGGCAGUAGGGGUGACCUCUGGGGACACUCAGGGGCAGAAGGAGAGCCCGGCCCUCAUACAGGAGAUGCUGCCAACACCGUCUCCAGGUGUGGAAGAUCCAGCAGACCUGGAGGCCAUGGUCCUGGAGGACGGCCCCAGGAAGGCCUCACAUCCCCCUGCUGGAGUAGUGCUGGCGUGGGAGCACAAGGCCACCAAGCCUGGGCCACUAGAGGGCAGUGUAACUCCAGCAGAGACUGAAGAUGCUGCAGAGAAACCAGAGACUCAACCCGAACCCUCAGCUGUCUCAGUGUGCGAGGAGCCUCUGUUCAAGCUCCUCUCCCCGGCCCACCGUCGCACCGCCGCCCUGGCCGCCCUCUCGGCCCAGUCCUCCCUGGACGAGUCCUCCUCGUCCCUGGCCUCGCGCUCGCGCUCCGUGUCCCCCCUGCGCUCCAAGAACCACCAGGCCCUCUUCAUCGGACUCUCCACCGGCAUGUUCGACGCCAACAACCCCAAGAUGCUGAGGACCUGCUCCCUGCCAGACCUCAGCAGAGUGUUCAGCUGUGUGCAGGACCCGGCAGGGCCCGGCGAGGACGCCGCCCCCCUCCCCCCCCUAGAGAUGGACGACCUGGACGAGGAGGGGGCGGUGAAGGACGAGGACAACUCAGAGACUGAGGACGCGUACGAGGACGAGGACCUGCGUGAGCUGCGGGCCUCCAUGGAGAGACUCCUGCAGGAGGAGGAGGAAGAGGAGGAGGAGGAGGAAGAGGAAGAGGAGGGAGACUUCAACGGAAACCCCCCCGGGGAGGAAGAGGAGAACGGGCCUGCUGCUGGAGGGGAGGAGGACGGCCUCACAGGCAUGGUGGUGGACGACGAUGAUGAGGAUGAUGAUGAAGAGGAGGAGGAGGAGGAGGAGGAGGGGUCUAACCGGAGCCUGGGGGAGGAGGAUCCAGGAGAGACGCUCACGAACGGCUUGGGGGAGGAGCCUCAGAGCAGCGAGAGCCAGCUCAACGAGGAGUGGCAGUCAGACGGGAGCGGUGAGGAGGAGGAAGGUGAGGCGGAGGAGCAGGACAGCAUCUUCAGCCGCCUGGAGGAGCUGCGCUUCAACCUGGAGCAGGAGAUGGGCUUCGAGAACUUCAUCGAGGCCUACAACAAGAUCAAGGCGUUUCACGAGGACGAGGACGAGAACAUUGACAUGGGCUCUAGCAUGGUGUUAAGCAUCCUGGGAACUGGGCACCAGCACCUGUACCCCAACAUCCUGCACCUGGUAAUGGCAGACGGGGCUUACCAGGAAGAUAAUGAUGAAUAGGGGUGUGUGUGACCGAGCCCUCGGCAGCAAAGGACAAUCUGACGUCUUCCCAUGAUGCUCAGCGAGAGCCAGAGGACGGCCUCUGAUUGGCCCCCGGGGCGUCCAUGCAUGAUGAACAUUGUGUACGACUUCACUUCCUGCUUCAACAUUCUGAUAUUUACUUUACCACUGGCAUCCGUGUGAGGGAGUCAAGUUGACCUUUCUAGUAACCAAAGUGACACUUAUUGUUUUGUCAACUGUAGAUGUCUGUGUUUGUAUUUCAGAGUUUUUUUUCCUGUAUUGUCAGGUGUGUGCUGGUAGAAUCAAGCAUGUUUGGCAGGUGGGGAGGAACACCGUAGACCCACAAGUAUUGUUGGUGAAUCUUCAGUAUAUCCACAGGGAUCUGUUAGUAGAUUCUUCGGUUCCUCACAGAUCCAGUUGCUUCUCAUUCCGGACUGCAGUCACUACUGUACCUUCCGAAACCAGGUCAACCUCAGACACGAUCUUACAUUUCUGCUCAGACUCGUUCAGAUUCCAGUCGAAACCUUUUUCUUACUCGUGUUUUGCAUAACGGCAGAGGUCAAAGGUUAUAUAAGGCAUUUUUUCCACAUUUCUUACCGGUUCAGCUAACACUAACAAUCGCAGCGAAAGGUGAGACUUUCUGGUGAGAAGGUUAUACUGUAUGUUGCCAUAGUAGCGGCUGUACUGGAUUUCUGUCUGCUUAUGUAUGUGAGAUCAGAUUAUUACUCUACAGAGAGGAUCGUAAAGAGGUAUUUAAAGAAGAAUGGCUCUAGAUUUUAAAGCACUGUUACUAUUUGAUGAUAAAGUAUAAAUAUUGUACAUCUUUAUAAUAUUCAAUAAAUGCUUACAUU